AUGUCUACUACUGGAGGUGCGUUCAUUGCAGGUGGCAUUGCAGCAUGUGGUGCAGUCACUGUCACCCAUAGUUUUGAGACGGUGAAGAUCCGACUUCAGCUGCAGGGUGAAUUGCAGACCAAAAAUCAGGCAGUGAAGAUGUACAAGGGCCCGUUGCACGGCAUCAAGGUCAUUUUGCAGAAUGAAGGACCUCGGGGUCUAUUCCGAGGUAUUGGAUCUGCCUAUAUCUACCAGGUCUUGCUUAACGGCUGCCGUCUGGGCUUCUACGAACCUAUCCGCUCGAACCUCACAACUGCUAUAUACAGUGACCCCAAGGUCCAAUCCCUCGCUGCCAAUGUCGUUGCUGGAGCUGCUUCAGGCGUCAUUGGUGCCGCAGCGGGUUCGCCUUUCUUCCUUGUCAAGACCCGUCUUCAGUCCUACUCACCAUUCCUCCCCGUCGGCACCCAGCACAACUAUAAGAACUCCUUCGAUGGCCUUAACAAGAUCUACAAGGGCGAGGGUAUCAAGGGUAUCUACCGUGGUGUCGGUGCUGCUAUGAUCCGCACUAGUUUCGGCAGUGCUGUGCAGCUCCCCACAUACUUCUUUGCCAAGCGCCGUCUAACCCGCCACCUGGGUAUGGAGGAGGGUCCUGCUUUACAUCUGGCCAGUAGCGCAGCUUCUGGCUUCGUUGUGUGCUGCUUCAUGCACCCCCUGACACGAUCAUGGCUCACAGGUAACCUGUAUGGUGGUGUAUUUGAUUGCUUGCUGAAGACCAUCCGCACCGAGGGUCCCCUUGCAAUUUACAAGGGCUUCUUUGCCCAUCUCGCCCGCAUCCUUCCCCACACCAUCUUGACUCUGAGUCUGGCCGAGCAGACUAAUAAGCUGAUGCGCCGUGUCGAGGACCGGGUCCUGCCCGACUCAUUCCGUGAGGGAAUCUAA